AUGUACUUCUCUCCAAGUAUUUGGAAGAAGUAUUCAAGCAUCAACUCUGAUUUGGCUCAGGCCCUACAACUGGUUCGUGCAGUGGCGACAGUUCUCCGUUUAUCAAAGAAGGAUGAAUACCUAAUUCGACAAAAGGUGGAGGAGCGUCGCUCGUGGUUUAAUACUCCAGUGGUGGCCGCAAAAAGUAGUGGUCAAUUUGCCAAAAUGUUGCCCCCCUCCUGA